AUUUAUUUCGUCACCAUGAACUGCGAAGUGUUACUUGCUAUCAGCUGUUAUCAGUAGUGAAUCCGAUGUGUACCACCUUGGGAGACAUCAUUAUUUCUGCUAAGGAGAUCAAAAUCCAUUGAGCAUUAAUUAUAAGGUGUCAUGUGAAAUAAUCCAAAAACUGGUACUGAUCCAUAGCUCCGCUACUGCAGCUAUAAUUUAGUGAUGAGCAUCCAAGGCCAGACGGUAGUUCGGGUGAAUCUGCUGUUUUUUGCCAAGUCACGCGAACUUGCUGGCACAUCGUCGUGCGAGAACUUUCUGCUGUCGACCGGUAGCGGUGGCACCAUAAGUGGCCUUGAGGUUUUGAGUGAAAUCUGCGAACGCUUUCGCGACCUAGCCGCCAUCAGAGACAGCGUUAUAAUUGCCCACAACGAACAGUACUGUGAAGAUUUGGCGGCUCGGUUGUGUCUCAGAGACGGGGACGAAAUAGCAGUUAUUCCACCCAUUGCUGGAGGAUAG